AUGGCUCACUCGCCAUCUUUCGAGGGCUGCCUGGAACGAGUUAGCACGCCGAAACGGCGUAUUGUUAGCUGCGUCAAACAUCGACAGCCGGCCGAAGCCUGGGCCACCUUAAUCUUGAAGCUGUCAAGGCCAGGCCUCUCCUUUCAUGGAGCCCCCCAGAAUGGCGGUUUAUCCUGGGCAAGGUGGCGGUACAAGCAUAUCGCAUAUCUGGCCUGGUGUGGAGGCGGAUUCCAUUGUCUUCCAGCGCGCCGUUACGGACGCAUUACUGGAACAAGCGCUCGUAUGCAACCUGGCAGCGGGACCCAGCAGCUCACGAUGCAGGAAAGUCAAGUGCCUAGACGGCGCAGCUACGGCGAGUACGAGGUUAGGAAAAAGACACGGGUGCUUCUCCUUCGUACAGGUACAAGGAUAGAACCUGCAGAUGCAGGCUUGGGCUGA